GAUAGUUUUAAUAGCUAGGAUUGAUGGACACGUUGAAGUUGCAUAUUACCUAAGUUGAUGAAGAACAAAGCAAUGUGAUUAGUGUUGAGACUACUCUCACGGUUGGAACAUCUGCAGUAGCACAAAGCCAGAAACUUGAGAAAACCACCACCUGGACCAUGCAAAGAAGUACCCCACGGCCAUCACUUCUACCCCCCCUCGGGGGUAUGGUUGAUAGGCGCAACGGACAACGACUAGGCUAAUCUACGAUGCAUCACGCCACUCCAAACCAGACACGACGAACCCACCUACUUCUCGCUACUUCUCCGCUCUGUACCGGCCGCGAGACUUUCCCAGACGAUGGCGGAGACGACGACGACGACGUCAGAGACCGCACCGACUACUGUUGGGUGGGUAGAAAGAAAAACUACCUCGCCUCAGUCGAUAUCGAGCUUUUGUGUGGAAAGCAUCGCGAACAGUACUUUGGCACUGUACGGAAGAAGAAUAACACUCGGUUGAAGCGACAUUCGGAAACGGUCAUAGUCGCGAAACGCGCCGGAAACGGAGAUUUAUGGGAGAAGUCGGUAGUGCGGUCAGCACCGUAAGAGAGGGUUCGUCCAGAGUUUGCAAAAUAUCUUGACGGCGGUUCAAGUCCAACAACUCGAAAAGUCCAUUCGUCAUCGUUGCCACAAUGUCCCUGCUUCGGUGGCGGUCGUCCAAAAUGCUGAAGAAGUUUCUGCUGAUCCUGUUGAGUGGCGUGCUGACACUGCUGACGACGGCCAAAGCGAAACCGACGCUUAACUUUCAGCUGUCCCAGAUUCCGGGAUUUACCCAGAUCGUUGAGAGGAGACUGCAGGAGGCGAUGAAGAGCUAUAGCGAUCGCCGCCUGGAUGCUGGGUCACUACGGAUGAUCUAUUUCCACGAUCAAACAGUGGCCGUUGUCGAACUGGGACCUCAAAAGAUGCUUAUCGGAUGCGAGCUGAUUGAAAUUUACAACGAAAUCGAAGGCCACGAACUACUCCGGAACCUUUCCUCAAUCAAUCGUCCACUGGAGAUCUCCUUUCGGGAUAUGAUGAAACUGAUGGAUCAGUGCGAACAGGUGGAUCGACUGAAUUCGAAAAACCAUUUCCGAGCAACCCCGGCUCCCGACCAUGAAAAUGUUGCGUUUCGGAUGGAUACCGGCACCGACACCGAGGAGGACAGUCCCGGUGGUAACGAUUCAACGACAUCGGCGCCGAUGGGCAUUUUUCAACUCAUCGCCAAUGGUGGUAAGGAUUCGAAGGGGGGCAGCAGUAAACGGGGACUCUUCUAUACCAGUCCGUUUUCACUGCUCAGCGGGAUCAUCCCCGGUACCAAAUGGUGCGGGACGGGAGACAUCGCCGAUACGUACUACGACCUGGGCGACGAUGCCACUAUGGAUCGGUGCUGUCGAACGCAUGACCUCUGCCCGCUGAAAGUUCGGGCCUAUCAGAAACGGUACAAUCUGAGCAAUAACUCCAUCUAUACCAAAUCCCACUGUAAGUGCGACGAUAUGUUGUACGAUUGCCUCAAAAAGACCAACACCUCGGCGGCUCAAGUGAUGGGGUCGAUCUACUUCAACCUGGUGCAGGUGCCGUGCGUCGAGGAAACUCCGACUGGCAUGAAGUUCCGCAAGGCGCGCGAAGGUUUCUAAUGUCGGCAGUCGUGGCCCCACAGGAAAGUUGUUUGUGUAGCAAAAUAGGAAACAAGCGCAAAUAAUAAUAACAGAAAAAAAAUCUGCAACAACACGAACGAGAGAUUAUUAAAACAGCACCACGAUAAGUGAGAAAAAAUAAUAGUGCUGGGUGAGGAGGCAUCCGAUGGGUCGUUGACUGAAGGCGACCGGGUGGCGAAGCACUUAGCACUCGAGAUCAACACGCGGUUUCCCGAACAACCGCACCGUAUGAAUGGAAUUCGGAACGGAAAUGAUGUUGUGAUUUAUGUGAUUGUUAUUUAUUGUUGUUAAAAAUUUGUAUAGGUCUAAGAUCUAACUAAAGUUUACUCUGAGAUACGUAAUUCGAGACACGGCUGAAGUAACCGUUUUUGCAUAAGACAAGUGCCUCAUUGAAAUGUUCAAAACGCGAGAAAAAAAACGAAUUGAUUUUUAAAUUCGUUUUCAAACAAGCCCAGCGAACGCAAACCCCCAUAGCCUCUCCGACAAUUAUGUUUACUGCAUUCGCCGGUUCUAGAGCCGGUUUCCCUUCACUUACCGCACCUCACACCAACCAAUGAAUGCGUUCUAGUUCUUGCGGUUUUCGUUUUCCCUUCUACUCGCCGUUUUUUACGGUUUCAGUUGUGGUGAGAGCUUAGCCGAAAAAGCGCCGCAUUAUAGCCUGGAGGUGGACGUUUCUUGUCUCAUGAAUGGGCCGGCAUUGAAAUCGUUUUGCAGAACCUUUCCUCCGGCGUGCACGAAGCUUUGCUACGUUAAUGACGUCCGAAAACUUCUGCGAGAACGAACCUCGUUCAGCUGGUUAAUCAUAUUCUCGAUUGCGGAGGCUUUGAAAAUGAACUCAAGUAUGUUAAUUGAAAUUUUAGUCUGUUGUAAUUUUCUUCUCAAAACAUAGUUGUUAGCUGUCGACUUUGUAAUAAACGGAACUACUACAUAGUAUUACGAAUCAUGUUGGAGAUGAUAGUUGUUUGCUUAGUUGUUUAUAUUAAAAUAAGAAGUAAUGGAUGACGUAAUAAUCACCCUUAUUCUUGAUUACGACGUUUCGAAUUGAUUCGAUCGAAUCGAUCAAAUUCUAUUAUUGAUUUCGAUCGAAGAAAUCCGUUAUUCGAACAUCGCUCGUUUAAAAUGUCAACUCUAAUCUCAGUAACGUUUGACUCCAAACAAAUCGCUUUCUGUAUCCUAGAUACGAGAUUUUCACGUGGCGGAAUUAACAUGGAUUCAGUAAAGAUAAAAUCUACAUCGAAACAACAAUUCGCGCGAAUGAUAGCUUUAUUGGAAACAAGACCGGAUGUUGCAAAAGGAUUUUCGAAGGUGAACGUUGCGCCUUUCUGGAAUUCUUUGGCAACGGAAUUAAACAGUUUGGGACCGCCUGUCAGAGACACAACAGGGUGGAAAAA